AUGUUUGAGAACAAUGAAUCUCCUUCUCAAGGAUUAACGCAACUUUCUCAGACUUCCAAAAAUACUGUCGAAGAGGACUUUUUAACACUUACACCUAGAACCAACAUUCAAGGUCUAAAAGAUUGUAAAGAGGUCACCACUUUCAUAUUGUUUGGAACAAUUAAGCAUAUCUUGGUUGACGAUGACUGGUGGUAUACUGUUUGUGUGUGCAACAAAGCUGUUUAUCCAGAUUCCAAGAUGUUCUUUUGUGAGAAGUGUAACAAGCAUGUUAUAAAAGUCUUUCCAAGAUAUAGGAUUAAGAUCCGAGUUAUGGACUCUUCCGAUUCAACCACAUUUGUCCUCUUUGAUAGGGAUGCAACAACCCUUUUCAAAAAAACUUGUGCUGAUAUGUUAGACGCUCAUGAUAAGAUGAAUUCUUCUGGAAAUUUGCCUAAGCAGUUUGAUGAGUUAGUUGAUAGAAGUCUGCUUUUUAAAGUGGAAAGUAGGAACGAUCAGAAUUUCAAACUUGAACAGUCUUUCAGAGUGAAGAAAAUAUGUGUUGAUGAUGAUAUCAUUGACAAAUUCAAUGAUUCUUCGUUGAAAUCUGUGGAUGUUUAUGCUGGGAAUGGUGAGUUUAGCAGGGAAAAAAUGCGUAUAGUGAAUGAGUCCACCGUUAAUAUUUCAGAGGAUUUAUUAGUCCGAUUUACCAAAGAAACAAUUGAGUCUGGAUCCCAAUCACCUGAACUAAUUCAAGAUAAUCCAACCAACGAUGAUGCUAGCAGUUCACAUAAGAGAGAAUCUGGAAAGAAGACUGCAUCACUUGAAUCCAUCGAAGAAGACAAUGUUUCAUUGAAGCUUUUAAAAAGAAAUAUUAAGAAGGAAAAAUCAGCAAUUUGA